AUGGUCAGAGUGAUUGUCGCAGCGUUGGGCUCCAUCGAGAGAAAAUACUUCUGCCAUGUCGAGCCUAACUCUACCCUUGCUGCGGACCGCCGAGCUGGGUGCGCACCCCUCUUGUCGCAGCUGCCCACGGAUCAGCUGGGGCCUGCUGAACAACAUAGGGAGGCCGAUGUUGUAUCUGUCACCUUUGCCAUGAAAGGCCCCUUGCCGCAUGUGCGGGCGCCCACUCUCGGACAGGGAGAUUGGGGCAGGCUGAGCCGUCACUGGCUGCAGCGCAGCUGGUGGCCGCUGUGUCGCUCCUCAUGGGGCGCUACAGCUUGGUCGGGAACGCCUGGCAGCGGCGAUGAUCCAGCGAGUGAUUUGAGCGUCGGCCUCUGGCGGAGCGAUCUCGGAACCAAAGGCUGUCAACCCCUGCGGGUGAGCCUGCUGAGACAAGCCGACGAUCCCACUCCGCUGGUGGAGUCCAAAAUGACCGAGGAGGAGAGUUCCGUGGUGACGCCUCUCUCAUCCUUUGCCUCGGGCGAAUGCCUGAUCCAACGCAUCCAGAACGAGGUGCUUCUUCUCAAGGACAGCAAAUUGCUUCUCUCAGAGACGGCUCUGCGAAAGUUGGACCUCAGAUCCAAGAAUGAGGCCUGGUCCAGCGGUCGGCUACGGCUCUGUCGAUCCAUGGAGAUCUUCUUGGUGCUCGGCAAAACGGCGACCCCAUCAAGCAGCUGCCCGCAGGCAGCAGUGACGGUGCUGUGCUCACGAUGGCCCCCUCGAGCGAACACGGUGCCCAAACUUGAGAUGCGCUGCUCCCGUGGCCUCUUUUCGCCUGAUACCAUUGCCAGGAUGCUCAGACAUCUCACAACGCUCAUGGAUGCGUUGUCAAGGUCGCCAGAAGCAGCUUUGUGCAAACUGCCGUUGCAGCUGCCACACUCGGCAGAUGAGAGCGAAGUGUGCCAGUGGUCGGAUGCGUACAGCCCCUUAGCACGAGUUGUGAUGGUUCAUCUCGCUAUGCUCCUGGGGCAGAAGAUCAUUUCUCCCCAGAUAUCUCCAUGUGUUCCAUGUGCCCUGGCGGUGGCAGGCUUGACGAUCGAAGCCUCGGCCAACGCCUUUCCCAACGACUUGGCGCUGUUGGACGAUGGCUCCGGGACGACCUACACCUAUCAGGAAGUUCUGAAGAUGUCGAGUUCACUGGCAGUGGCGCUGCGGCAAGCGGGAGUUCUCCAGGAUACGCUCGUUCCUUUGAUGGCUUCCCGUGGAGUGGAAAUGAUUCUAGGCAUCCUUGGCAUCAUGCGAACUGGAAGCGGUUAUGUGCCUCUGGACCUUCACUGGCCAGAUGAUCGGCUCGCAGAUGUCCUACAACAGUGCCGGAGCAAGGUGUUGCUGGCCACCUCUGAUUGUCACACCAAGAUGUCCUCAAUCGCCCGCAAAAUCCCCGGAGUGACCACUGUGCUGGAUGUGAAGAGCCACCUGGAUGAUGGACAUCUGUCAGAUCAGGGCGCUGGCCAUACCUUGGCGUACUGUUUCUUCACCUCGGGCACCACUGGAAAGCCCAAGGGCGUCAUGGUGGAGAAUAAGGGCUUGGUGCACCGUAUCCAUUGGUUUCAGCAACGCUGGCCUCUGCGUCCCGGUGAAGGGGUCGUCUCCAAGGUGGCCUAUACCUUUGGCCUAUCUGAAUGGGAGAUCUUUUGGCCGCUGGUAGCGGGGGCCACUUUGAUUCUGGCACCCCCAGGUGGAGAGAAGGAUGCCGAAUACCUGCUGCGGAGGGCAUGCAAUGCCUACAUCCCACCGCAGCCACAGGAGCGGCUACUGCCAGGGAAGGGACCAGCACCAGACUGUGUACACUACGUGGCCGCGCACGUUUUCGUGCCGUCAAUGCUGCACAUGGUCUUCGACAAGUAUGAUGAGUUGGAGGAGGAAGAUAUGCAACGCAAAGCGGGUGAGAACCAUGCAGACGGAAUGUGGUGGCAUCAUUCCAAAGCUCGCGAGAUCGUCACCUGUGGUGAGGCCUUGAAUCCUCCAUUGGCACAGAAGAUGUUUUCCCGCUUCCACCACUGCACCCUGACCAACUUGUAUGGGCCUACUGAGGGAGAGAUGACCUACUGGGACCUUCCGCCCGGUCGCUCCAUCCCGCGGGUCUCUGCGGGCGCGCCCAUGCACGGCUCCAAGGUGGUACUGGCGGACUUGCGCGAAGCCAAAGCAGCGGCGAGCCUGGAACCGGCCGAAAUCGCCUUCGGGGGGCCCUUCAUCGCCCGUGGCUACCUGGGCAGGCCAGAUCUGGAUGCCAAAGCCUUCAUUCCUGACUUCACUGUGAAGGAAAAGUUCGAAAGCAACUCAGGAACAACGGUUGAGAGCACACCCAUCAACAACUUCAGCGAGGACCAGGAGCCUGCGGAGAGUCCGACGCUGAAAUCCUGGAAGAGGCUUUACAUGACAGGCGAUCUGGGACGUUGGAGAGAGGGUGGUGUGAUUGAUCUGCUUGGCCGCAAAGACUUUCAGGUGAAGCUCCGCGGCUUCCGCAUCGAGCUGGGCGAGAUUGAGGCGGCCUGCCGCGCGGCCGGCGCCCGCGCCGCGGUCUGCGUCUUGCGGAAGAGCAGCAACGGAACGCAGGGCUUGGUGGCCUAUUACGAGCCAGGUCCUGAACAGGAGGUGCACGAAGCAACCGUCAAAGUCUCCUGUCAGAAAUCCCUGCCUCCCUACAUGCAGCCGCAAGUGAUUGUCCGCUUAGAGAGACUGCCGCGCAACAGCAACGGCAAAAUUGAUAGAUCAAAGCUACCAGAGCCCCCCAGCCUGACGCUGUCUGCAAGCACCGGGCCAAAGAGUGACGCACCAGAGACGGAGGUGCAGAAAACCACUGCCGCUGCCAUUGCAGAAGUUCUGGGUCUUCCGGUCAGCAAUGUCUACCUGGAUUCCGACUUCCAAGAACUCGGCGGCAAUAGCCUCCUGAUGGGUCGCGCUUCAUCGGCCAUCAAGAAAGCCUUCAGCUUGACCACCUUCAAGGGCACGGCCAUGUACCAACUCGGCACCGUUCGACGUAUUGCUGCGGCAGUAGAAACCAUGCUGGCGCAGAAGCCCAGCGAUGGUGUGCCGGAGGAAAGUCCCAUAGGACACAGUUUGUCCAUGGCGCAGCUGCCGAGAAGGACUCAAUGUAGUUCCACGUCCUUCUCAUCCAUUUGCAUCCAAGGAAUAAGUGUAUUUUGCCUUAACUUCCUUUUCCAGAGCCAGGCUUGGUCGCCUAUCUGGUGGGCAGCAUGGUUUAUUUUUGAGUAUUAUGGCAGAACGGCUCUUUUCAUCUACUUGCCGUUCGCAGCGUUCUUGGAUAUUGUUGUGAUGUUCAGUUUCGUCGUGCUGCUGAAAUGGCUCAUCCUUGGAAGGGUCAAGCCAGGCACCAUCGAGCUGUGGUCUGCAGAAUACUAUCGCUGGUGGUUCGUAAACACCUUGCUGAGACACUCCAUGGCUCAAGCGAUGCCACUCAUUGCAGACACCUCUGUGGCGAACUUUCUGCUUCGGGCCUUGGGUGCGAAGAUCGGCGAAGGCGCCAAGAUCAGCGUCUUCAACCUGCAUGACCCUGACCUGUUAGAUGUGGGAGCGAAUGCGACCAUUGGUAAAAGAGCAAAGCUGGCGACCAGUUCGGUUCUUCAUGGAAAGGUUCACCUGGGUGUCAUUCGAAUAGGUCACUCCGCUGCCGUGGGGCCUACCGCGGUCCUGUCCCAGAACACAGUGGUUCCAGAACGAAAGGCCGUCGUGCCCCUUUCCACGAUGCCAGGAUGGCACGGCCCCGUGGGGUCGGUGGCGUUUCACGACGUACAGCCACCGCGAGCUGAUGAGAAGUUCCAUCGGAGGCAGAAUUUGCUGCGGGUGGUCUUCGGUCUGCCAGUGGUGUUGAUGACGGAGGUCCUUCCGUACUAUGCCACGUACUAUGUGCUGGUUUGGUCCUACGACGGUCUCUAUGAUGAUGACCCAGUGACCGCCUUUGCCAUUUGGAGUGUCUUGCUGGCAUGGAUCUAUGCCCAUCCCAUGUGGUUCUUCCGGAUGAUCGUCGUGAUUCUGCAAAAGUGGUUACUCAUAGGCGAUUUCCGGAAACAGAGAAAUGAUGAGCUGAGCCACUGGAAUGAGUGGAAGCACUGGGUGCAUGGCCGGGCAGUGGAAUCCCAUGACUUUGAGGAGCUGUGUACCAUGUUCACAAACACAGAGUUCCUGUCCUACAUCUAUCGUGCGCUGGGCACCAAAAUUGGAAGACGUGUGCAGAUCGAUCAGCUCCAUUUCAUCGAGAAUGACUGCGUAGAUAUUGAUGACUAUGUGGUCUUUGGCAGUGAAGUCAUGCUGUGCACCGACAUGCACGCGCCCUGGGUGCCCUUGGAGUAUAGCAAGAAGAUGGAGAAGAAGCGAGGACCAAAGCAACGCUUCGCAGACAUCCGACUCUGCCACGCCGCCAAUGUGUUGGACCACUGUACGCUGCUUCCGGGUGUCACCGUGGCAGAACGUGCAGUGCUCGGAACCUGCACGCUGGCACCUGCAGGGAGUUACUAUCCUCCGUUGGCCAUUCACUCUGGAAGUCAACGAGGCCGCUCAAUGCACUUGCGAGACUACUUCGCGUCUCCGGCCAUGAGGGAAUUGGAGGAUAAGACGAUGCAGGAUCUGGACAAUCCACUUACCUGGUGGAGGUUCAAUUUCAUGAUCCUUUUGGUCAUCCUGUGCGCGAAUCCCCUCCCGGAGGCCGCCUGGGUGGCGACCUACUUUGGCGUGACAUCAGUUUGGGACUUUGAGUCGGAUGGUGUUUUGGCCUUGCUGAUCGUCACUCCAUUUGUUUACAAUUUCAUCGAACUUGUUCUGCUCCUCUCAAACAUUGCGCUGAAAUGGAUCAUCAUUGGCAAAUACAAGGCUGGAGAAUAUCAAUUCUUUGGUUCUUAUCAUACACGCUGGAUGAUCAUCAUGAUUUGCGGAUCAGGCAUCAGCGCUCUGCAAGAAUGUCUCCAUGGCACCAUCUUCGAGGUCUGGGUGGCUCGCGCAUGUGGCUCGAAGAUCGGAAAGGACCGUUCCGUUUCGGGAGGUGAUGGGAUUUCAGGGGAUCUACCCGGUAGCAGUUUAAGUGGAAAGUGGCCCAUGUAA